UUGUCUGUGUGCGUGCGUGAAUUUGUGUGUGUGUGUGCGUGCAUUUGCGUAUGUGUGCGCAUGUGUGUGUGUAUGUAUGUGUAUGUAUACAUGUGUUUGUGUGUAUGUGUGCGCAUGUGUGUGUGUGCGCGCGUGUGUGUGUGUGUGUGUGUGUGUAUGUACGUGUAUGUGUGUCUGCAUGUGUGUGUGUGUGUGCGUGUGUGUGUGUGUGUGUGUGUUUGUUUGUAUUUUUCAGGUGUUCUGAGCCAGAGGGGAUGGGGACUGACUUACACCCCUGAGAGAAUCUGUGCCUUAAAGGGGUCUUCAGUAGACAUGAGCUGCACUUACUCAUAUCCCACAUCUCACAGAGUGCAGAAAACAUUCUGGUUUAUUCACUGGAACAAGCUACAGGAGCCUGAGGACCUGUCCCAGGACCCAGAGUACACUCACCGUGUGGAGUACCUGGGGAAUCAGAACAGUGACUGCACUUUUAGAAUAAACCAACUGAGUGAAACUGAUUCUGGAACGUACCGAUUCAGGUUCCUGACUGACCUUGAUGGUGGAAAUUCUACUGGAGAACCUGGGGUCACAUUGGCAGUUACAGAUCUACAGGUGAUGGUGAAUCUUGACACAGUGACAGAGGGACAGAGUGUGAGACUGACCUGUAGCACCACCUGCACUCUGACUGGCAGCUCAGCCUUCAUCUGGUACAGGGACGGAUCUCCUCUGUCCUUCACUGGUCAGAGUCACCAGUUCACAGCCAGCAGUGAAGACCGAGGCCGCUACUCCUGUGCUGUGAAAGGCUAUGAGCUUCAUUCCCCUGCAGUGGCUCUAAAUGUGAUUUAUCGUCCCAAGAGCAUCUCAGUAUCAGUGAGCCCCUCUGGUGAAAUAGUGGAGGGCCAUUCAGUGACUCUGACCUGCAUCAGUGAUGCCAACCCACCAGUGCAGAGAUAUACCUGGUAUAAGAACAAUAGAGCUGAACUCUCAUGGAGAGGAUCCAGUUACACCAUUAAAAGCAUAACACUGCUUGAUGAAGGAGAAUACUACUGCCAGGCACAGAAUGAGAUUGGGACAGAAAGAUCUCCACCUAAACGUCUUGACGUGAAGUGUGUUCUGAGCCGGACGGGAUGGGGAGUGACUUACACCCCUGAGGGAAUCUGUGCCUUAAAGGGGUCUUCAGUAGACAUGAGGUGCAUUUACUCAAAUCCCACAUCUCACACAUUGCAGAAAACAUUCUGGUUUAUUCACUGGAACAAGUCACAGGAGCCUGAGGACCUGUCCAAGGAGGAAUACUCUCACCGUGUGGAGUACCUGGGGAAUAAGAACAGUGACUGCACUUUUAGAAUAAACCAACUGAGAGAAUCUGAUUCUGGAACAUACCGAUUCAGGUUCCUGAAUGAAUGUGAUCGAUAUACUGGAGAACCUGGUGUCGCAUUGGAAGUCACUGAUCUACAGGUGAUGGUGAAUCCUGACACAGUGACAGAGGGACAGAGUGUGAGACUGACCUGUAGCACCACCUGCACUCUGACUGGCAGCUCAGCCUUCAUCUGGUACAGGGACGGAUCUCCUCUGUCCUUCACUGGUCAGAGUCACCAGUUCACAGCCAGCAGUGAAGACCGAGGCAGCUACUCCUGUGCUGUGAAAGGCUAUGAGCUUCAUUCCCCUGCAGUGGCUCUAAAUAUGAGAUAUCGUCCCACGAGCACCUCAGUAUCAGUGAGCCCCUCUGGUGAAAUAGUGGAGGGCAGUUCAGUGACUCUGACCUGCAGCAGUGAUGCCAACCCACCUGUGCAGAGAUACACCUGGUUUAAGAAGAAUGACACUGGAUUCUGGCAGGCAGGAUCUAGACAGAGUUUGAACUUUUCUAACUUUAGAUCCUGGAACAGAGGACAGUACUACUGUGAGGCACAGAACAGACUUGGAGCUCAGAAUGCUUCUGCUCUACUGGUCCUAAUACAAGACUUGCAGACGGGAUCAGAACGGAUUGUGAGCUUUUCCAACUUUACAUCCUGGAGCUUUGGACAGUACUACUGCGUGGCACUGAACACACAUGGAGAUCAGACCUCUGCUGGUAUGUCAAUCAAUAGACACAGUGAGUGACACGUGAUGAGGAGACAUAUGUCAUUGUGUUGAACAAGGGUGAUUGUUCCUGUUUUAGGAGCUGUUAUUGAUCGAUUGCAUAUUUAAUCUUAUUGUGGCAGUCAGAGCAGAGAGAUAGUAAAAGUCGUCCCCAGAUAUUUUGUCCCAAUCACCACUAUUUGCUCAUUAGCAUAAUUCUUCAGCCAGGACGAAGAAAAAAUUCGUGAAAUCAGCUGGAUGAGUUCAUGGGCAGAAGAAACACAUGGCAGGGCUUUACUUUCUCCCCCCUGGAGUCAUAGUAUCUGAGUCAUAGUUUCACUCACUACACUGUAUGGCCUGGACCACAGCAACCAUCAUCCAGAUUAGAAAGCAUGACUCACUUGACCAGAUCCUCCAAGCACAACUCUAUGGUUCAUAAAGCAUCUCAGAGAAUAGGCCUGAUCUAGGAUCAGUUUUGCCUUUAGGCCAUUAUGGAUAAAGCUUGGAUAUGAAGAGAGGAAACAUGAUCUGAGAUCAGCUCUCUUACUAUGAGAUACUCUAUGAAUAGGGAUGAUGAUCAGUUUCGGUUGGUGCAGAGUGCAGGAAAGGAUAUAGGCAGUUGCCUGACCCCCCCCCCCCCCCCACCCAACCAGUGAGAGGCUCUUUUAAUUUUCAGACCAACUGAAAUCAGUUCCAGUAUGGAACAGUUAAGCAUACUGUUAAAAUUUAAGUUCCCACUAAAAUGGAUGAACCAAAGCUUCAACAGAUGCACCAGGGACAUAUUAAACUUAUGUCAGAGGUCUCUGACUACUUGUUCAUCUCUUCCCAAUGGGAAGACAUCUCAGUGACUCUCUGCACACUUGUUUGAAGUUGACAUGUGUAUCUGCAUGUUUGUAUUUCAUAUGUAAUUCAGGUUAUGUACUUCUUUUUGAUUUAUACCACCUAAAGUACAUCUACACAAUUUUGAAGAUCGUUUAUAUAUUUUGGGGAAUGCACGCUCAUAU